AUGAUCUUAGGCUUCAAAUCAAAUUGGUGCUCACAAGAGGAAGUCCUCAACCACCCUUCUGUUGGAGGGUUCUUAACUCACAAUGGAUGGAACUCGACAAUGGAGAGCAUUUGCUGUGGAGUGCCAAUGGUGUGUUGGCCAUUCUUUGCUGAUCAGCAGACGAACUGUAGAUAUUGUUGUAGUGAAUGGGGCAUUGGAAUGGAGAUUGACAGUGACGUCAAGAGAGAUGAAGUCGAGACGCUUGUGAGACUGUUAAUGGAAGGUGAGAAGGGAAAGAAAAUGAAGAAGAAGGCCAUGGAGUGGAAGAAGAUGGCUGAAGAGGCCACUGGUCCUAAUGGGUCAUCGACUUUAAGUUUGGACAGAUUGGUGAAUGAAGUGUUGUUGUCUAAACAUUAA